GGAAAAGACUAAUGCUGUAUCUUCUCUCUCCGACUCUCUCUUUAAUAUUUUUUCCCCAAGAUUCUUUUUCACUCUCCCACCGCUACCACCGACUUCGUAACGGUUAGCCGUCGUAUUUUGGCGGCGCCGAUUUUACUGUUGGCCGGCUAUCUUCUCCAAAGUUACUCAUAUUAUUUCCUUGAAAAGUCCUCAUGUGUAUCGCUUCAGUGCUCUAGUUUAACUAUCGUUUCCGAUUCUAAUCGUGUUGCAUUCUUGUUUGCAUCGUCGUAUUGAAAUUACUGUUUAAAGGAAAUUAACAAAAUGAUUGGAUCAUUUCUUACCAGAGGACUUGUGAUGGUUUUUGGCUAUGCGUAUCCAGCAUAUGAGUGUUAUAAAACUGUUGAAAUGAAUAAGCCUGACAUUGAGCAACUGCGGUUUUGGUGCAAGUACUGGAUAUUGGUGGCUGUUUUGACAAUUAGUGAGAGAAUUGGUGAUGCUUUUGUUUCAUGGGUUCCAAUGUAUAGUGAGGCUAAGUUGGCAUUCUUUAUAUACCUGUGGUACCCUAAAACAAGGGGAACAUCUUAUGUGUACGAAUCCUUCUUUAGACCGUAUAUUGCAAAGCACGAAAAUGAAAUUGACCGUAACUUGUUGGAACUAAGGACAAGAGCUGGAGAUAUGGCAGUUCUUUACUGGCAAAGAGCUGCAAGCUAUGGCCAGACAAGAAUUUUUGAGAUCCUGCAAUAUGUUGCUUCACAGUCAACUCCAAGACCUCACCAACCUCAGAGUUCUCAAGCACAAGGUGCUAGGGUUCGCCAACCCUCGGGUGUGCCAAGCCAUCAAUCAUCUAGUAAAGCACAAGCAGCAGAGCCAGAGCCUGAGGCUGAAGAACCGCCUUCACCAACAUCUAUUGCAUCGUCAAGUCAACAACAGAAGGAAGUAGCUGAAGAGGUGGGACCUUCAAAGGUGACUUCACAAGUGGCUAAACCAACUACCUCUUCGGCAUCAUCGAAUAGCCAAAAAGUAGAUACAACAUUGGAAAGUUCUAGCCAGCCUGCAGAGACUGAAGCGGAAGCAAUGCAAAUAGAACCGGCGCCACCUCCACGGAAUGAUAUCACAAUGCCUCCCCCGAUAGAGACUCUCAUGGAAGAAAGCAUUCGACUCACACGUGGUAGAUUGAGGAAAAAUCGCUCUGCAGCUCGUUAAACUAAUGGUAUUAAUUCCUUUACUUUGUAUACUGAACUGACACUUAAAUUGGUAGGUGUAUAAUGAAUCGUUGUUGUUGACGUUGCUCUAAA